AUGGCGGCUCUGGCGCCGGGAAUCCUGUCCAAGCUUCUUGAAGGAAUGAACACCGGGACGAAACCCACUAGCGAGCACCGGAGCUCGCUCCUCCAGGUCACCGACAUCGUCCCCGCCGACCUGGACGAGAAAUCCCUCUUCCCCAAACAUGGGUUCUACAUCAAAGUCUCCGACUCCUCGCACUCCAUCUACGUCUCCCUGCCUCCCGAGCAGCACGAUUUCGUCCUCAGCAACAAGAUGCAGCUGGGUCAGUUCAUCUACGUCGACAGGCUGGAGCCGGGGUCGCCGGUCCCGGUCGUGAAAGGCGCCAAGCCGCUCCCCGGACGGCACCCGUUGAUGGGGACGCCGGAGCCGUUGAUGGGUCUGAGAGGGAAAGGGGAGAGGAAAGAAAGCGGCAACCAGGUCAAUUUCCAGGUUAGGGCUUCCGGUAAUCGGAGAGGUUCUUGGGGAAUUGGAGGAGGAGGAGACGAUCAUCGGAAUCAAUUUGGUUCCCCGAUGGCGUUGAAACCGGUUCCGUUGGAUUUCGAUCAGUGUGCAACGCCGGCGAAACAGAGGAUGAGCUCUGCGAAGAAGCCGUUGAUGUCUCCGAUGAUAAUGAGAGGGAGAUCGGUGAUUAGCAAAGACGGGUGCGAGAGCAACAGCGGAUUUCGAUGCUCGCUAGGCGGCGGAUUGCUGUCGAAAAUGGCGGAUAAUCCCAAGUUGGCGGCGGCGGAGAGCCCCUUGCUGAGGAAGAGCUGCGCGGCGCCUUCUUCGGCUUCCAAGUUCCCCAGGAGUCGAAGCGUUUGCGGCGAUCGAGACUCCAGAAUCCCGAUUAGCAGCCCCUACAUCUCAUCUGGGAAGAAAAGCUCGACGUCGCCACCGAGUAUGAGGAACGCCAAAGUAGUGGGUUCCCUGAAAUUGGGCUGCGGAGAAACACAAAACUUGUCCACCACAAAUGCUGCGGCGGAGCAGCAAUCUCAGUCCGUUAAUUCGGUCUACGGCAGCCCGGAAACCAGUCUUCCGAUGAGUCUGCCGGGAAAGCUAAGCACGCUCGGGAAGGAAGCAGUGCAGCAGAGGGAAACUGCUCAGAAGAUGGCUCUCCAGGCAUUGAGAGAGGCUUCUGCUACUGAAACAUUAGUCCGAUCUCUCAGAAUGUUGUCUGAUUUGACAAAAUCAGCAAGGCCAGAAGCCCCAUCUGCUUGUUUCGACAAGUUCAUAGAAUUCCACUCCCAAAUUGCGCAGGCAGUGAACGAUAUGCUCUCCAUUCAAGCAGCCACUACUCCUACUGUUACUGCUGUGGAAUCGACGCCGAAAGCUGAUCAAAAGGCUAACAACAACAACAAUAAACGAGUACUGAAGAAUCCAGAGGAAGAGUUUCCAAUCUUGAAUGAACUCAUUCACAACUCCAUGAACCACCAGUCAAAAAGAAGAACAGCCCUGUACAAGUCCAUUGCUGCCUUCCCUUCUGAGCAGAAGCAGAGUUCUGGUACCAGCUCAAGGAUCCUGAGAUCAUCGACGGCUGGCAAGGUGUUCUCCGAGAGAAAGAUGAUGCCAUCUAGUCCUCUUGGGAAGCUGCAACUUGAAGCAGUGAGCGAGAAUGAUGAGAACAGGAAACCAACAACCACCACAACUAUUUCUGCUGGUGUUGCUGCUGCUGCCAAUGGUUCUUCCAGCUUAUGUAGCACGAUCAAGCUGGGCAAGGAGAUCGAGUCUGAAGCCGGGACAUGGUUCAUGGAUUUCGUGGAGAAAGCAUUGGAAACUGGCAUGAAGAGAUCUUCAUCAUCAUCAUCAAGAGGGAAUAGCAGUAACAGUAAGAGCAUGAAUGCAGACGGGGAUGGUAAGAAGGUCCCUCAAUCCGUCAUAUUGAAGGUGAUUAAUUGGGUGGAGGUGGAACAGUCCGAUGGCAGCAAGAGGCCAGUUCAUCCCAAAGCUGCCCAGGUUGCGAGGAGGCUAAGGAUCAAGAUGAAGAACCCUUGA